AUGUCGACGAUAAAAGAGAUAACCACCGAGGACGACUGGCGCGCCCACGUCGCCUCGCUGCCCUCGUCGACCCUCCUAAUCAUCUCCUUCCACGCGCCGUGGGCCGCGCCAUGCGCACAGAUGGCCACCGUGCUCAAGACGCUCGCCUCCGAGUACCCCGCCACCGACCCCCCGGCCACGAGCUGGGUCUCGCUCAACGCCGAGGAGCUGAGCGACAUAUCCGAGACAUACGACGUCACUGCGGUGCCGUUCCUAGUGCUGCAGUGCAACGACGAGGUCCUCGAGACGGUGAGCGGCAGCAGCGCCGUCAAGGUGCGGACGGCCAUCGAGACGCACGCGAAGAGUGCGGCGCCAGGCGCAAAUACUGUAGCAGCUGCUGCUGGAAAGACGGCCGCCCCGGCCGAGGUUGAGACAGCGUCUGAUCCUGCAAAGGCGAAGGAGGACCUCAACAAGAGGCUGGGCGAGCUGAUUAAGGCCGCGCCCGUUAUGCUGUUCAUGAAGGGUACACCGAGCGCGCCUCAGUGUGGGUUCUCGCGGCAGCUGGUGGGCAUAUUGCGGGAGCGGAGCGUUAAGUACGGCUUCUUCAACAUCCUGGCCGAUGACGAGGUACGGCAGGGUUUGAAGGAGUAUGCAGAAUGGCCGACAUACCCGCAGUUGUGGAUGGAUGGGGACCUGGUUGGUGGCUUGGAUAUCGUGAAAGAAGAGCUCGAAGGCAACACCGACUUCUUCCAACCACACAGCGUAUCCAAGGAGGAGGGAUCUGCUGCUGCAUGA